GAGCGCAGAGAGGAGGAGGGGGUGAUGUGCAUCGGUCCGCUGGCGCUCAAAUGGGUAACUGCGAGCACAGCAGACAGAAGUGGAGCGAGGUUAGGUCCAACUGCGAGCCUAGUGAGAGGAGGUCCCCACUGUGAGCAUCACCCAGACCCCCGGUGCGGCUCUGACUGCUGCAGAGAAACUUGCAUCUGCUCCUCUCAGUAUGCGGACUGAGCCCAGCACAGUUUAGAGCGUUCUCUCUUCAUUUCUCUCCUUCCCUCUGGAGGAUUACCCUUUUAUUCAGUGACAAUGGGUUCUGUGAUGUUGGACUGGAGGUUAUCUUGUCUUCUUCUGCAGACAGCUGUUCUGCUGCUGCUCAGCAAGGGGGAGAGGAUGUGCCCUGCGACUUGUCGCUGCGAAGGGAAGAUUGUUUAUUGCGAGUCCGGCGUCUUCCAAGACAUUCCAAUAAACAUCACAACGGGGUGCCAGGGUUUGUCUCUGCGCUAUAACAACCUGCUGGUUCUGCUGCCGUACCAGUUCGCUCAUCUCAAUCAGCUCAUUUGGCUCUACUUGGACCACAACUCCAUCCACAGUAUAGAUGCUUUAGCCUUCCACGGCGUGCGCAGGCUGAAGGAGCUCAUCCUUAGCUCCAAUAAGCUGAGCUCUCUGCUCAACAACACCUUCAGUGCCAUACCCAACUUGAGAAAUUUGGACCUGUCCUAUAAUCAGCUGCAGUCCCUGCAGCCGGGUUAUUUCUACGGGCUUCGCAAGCUGCAGAAUCUCCACCUCAGAUCUAAUGGGCUAAAACAGAUCCUCAUUCGCACAUUUCUGGAAUGCCGCAGUUUGGAGUUUUUGGAUUUGGGUUACAAUCGCUUGCGCAGUCUCACUCGCACCACGUUCUUGGGACUCUUUAAGCUGAGAGAGCUACAUUUGGAACACAAUCAGUUCUCCCGGGUUAAUUUCUACAUUUUCCCACGCCUCACCAACCUCCAGGCUCUGUAUUUGUCUUGGAACCGGAUCCGAUCGAUAAGCCAGGGGGUCCCUUGGACCUGGCCAAAACUGCAGAAACUGGACCUCUCUGGGAAUGAAAUCCAGACCCUGGAACCGGACGUUUUCCGCUGUAUGCCGAGCUUGCAGAUGCUGAACCUGGAAACGAACAAGCUGAGCAGCGUUCCCGUAGAAGUGGUGGAGGUGUGGACCUCGUUGACCACCAUCAGCCUAGCGGGCAACGCCUGGGACUGCAGCCCCGGGAUCUGCCCUCUCAUGGGGUGGCUCCGGACCUUCAGGGACCCCAAGGACAUCAACAUGAUUUGCAGCGGCCCCAAGGCUGCACAGGGUGAACGGGUGGUGGAUGUGGUGAGGAACCGCUCGCUAUGUGUGGACGCCGCAAACAUGUUCUCAACCACAGCCGGGGUUAAUUCCAACUCAACCCAAGCUGUGAGCGUCACAGUUUGGCCGGCUCCCCGUGGAGUUACAGACCUGAGUCAUCCAUCAUCGCCGUCACAGAAAUCAACCCUUUCUCCUGUGAGUCCUGCCGGGACACACAUACAGACAGCAGAACCCACCGCCCUCAGCUCCACGCUCCCUUCCUCCACAGAGACCUCCACGUCGUUUAUUCCAGAGCUGCAGUUUGAACAUAUGGCUUUCCAUAAAAUCAUUGCAGGCAGCGUAGCCCUGUUCCUGUCAGUGGCAUUGAUCCUGCUGGUUAUUUACGUGUCGUGGAGGCGCUACCCCAACACCAUGAGGCAGCUGCAGGAGCAUUCAGUCAACCAUAAGCGCAGAAAAAAGGCCCGCAAGCAAGAGCAGGACCUCAACUCUCAGCUGCAGGAGUACUAUCUGACUUAUCACUCCAACUCAGAGGCAUUGGACUCCUUGGUGAAUGAGAACAGGCCUUGCACGUGCACUAUUUCAGGAUCCAUUGAAUGCGAGGUGUGAGCCCUUUAAGAGACGCACAGUCUCGAUUCCCAAGCAGAGACAAAUGGAUUUUAUUUUUCUCUGCGGAAGAUAAGGAGGCUUUAUCUCCGAUGCAAGCAGAUAGUCUGCAACAAUGAAGGGAAUACUUGGGGGUUUGGUCCAAUAAUGUGUUCAGAAAAGGAAUAACUGAAUGGAGAGAUGUAUUUGGAGCUAAUUAUCAACCUGACUGACACAGGAAGAGUAGUGGGAUUAGCUGUGUGUGAUCCAAAAUCAUGACAGGACAUCUGCUACGAUACAACUGGGCUGACCUUGUUCUCAGUCAAAGCGUACUCCCAUGAGCCAGCAAAGCCACACUUUCUACUUACUCGUUUUGUUCUUACGGCGUAGCUUGUAAAGCAUUUAGGACAUAUGUGUUCUCCGAGAGUUUGUACGUGUGCGAGUCCGCUCUGACGCCAUCUGGUCAGGCGAGUAACGACUCUUGCACCUUCUUCUCUCAGAUAACAUCAGUGCGGUUCAGUUAUCCCACAGUUGGCAGACGGGCUGAGCCGUAGCAAUGCCACAAAGUGUGUAUGUGUGUGAGAGAGAAAGAGAGGGAGAGAUGGGGAGGGGGCAAUCCCAAAGAGAGCAUCAUUUGCAUGAAAUCACUCUCCUUAUUAAAGAUGCUUCUUUUCCAUGGGAGAUGAUCUGUCUCAACGGAUAAAAGAAUAGAAGUACAUUCAGUUUGUAUCAUCAACAAUCGACCCAAAUGAGGAAUAUUUAAAGCUAAUGAGACUAACCUCAGGACUGAGACGUACAAAUGUGUCAGAUCCAGUUAAGGCCUUGUGUGACUGAAUGUGUGUGAGUGUGAAAGAAAGUAACAACGGUUAUUUUCAUAUCAAAUUUCAUAUUCUUUUUUCUCGUCAUUUUAUUUAUGCAUUGUUUGUGUAAAGGUAUAUAAAUAGAUGUGUUUAUUUGGGUGUACAAAUAAAAAGAAACAAUGACAGUUGAUGGAAAAAAUGGAAAAGAAAAACAAAAGUCUUUAUUUUAUCUACAGCAGCUGCAAAGGAGAACAUUUUAUGAGGAAAAAGAAGAAAAAGGCUGUUUAAGAUCAGAUAGAGAAGAAAUGUAAAAGGUGUGAUAAACUGGUUGGAUCAAUAUGCAAACUGUUGAACUCUUAUGGAGUGAAUUUUGUUCCAUUAUUGUUGCAAAGACAGAACCAGUUUUUAUAAGGAAAUUUGAAGAAAAAAAAAACAUUCCAGAAAUGAAGAUUUAAAAAAAAAAAACAACCUUAGAUCAGUAAAGUUUUAUUCAAUUCUAAAGUUUUGUUUCCAUUCCACACUGCAAAAACUGAUUAAAAGGAUAAUUAAGAUAAUCCUCAAAUGACAUAGUGAGUAUUUUGGGCCUAAAAAAAAAAGAAAAUUUGAUAUUUUUUACUCUUGGAAUAAGAUAAUGAUUUUUUUGUUGUUGUUGUUGUUUUAUCUAAAAGGUAAAUCAUCCUUUCCCAUUUUUAAGUUGUCUUACUUACCUGCCUAAAUUGUAAGAAAAAUACACUUAUUUCGAGAAAACUAACUUAUAGUUUAAUAUUUUCAGUGCAUGGUUGAUGGGGAAAAGUGAAAUGAUGUUUAUUUCUACUAAACAGCAGAUUAGCUUUAAGAGAAGCUGCUAAAUUCUCUGCAAACCUCUUGAUUUCUUUGUCUCAGUCUUGAUUUUUACCCAAAAUUUCUUGUAAAACUGUUGUUUUAAGGUUGUUGUUUUUUUUACUAGAUGAAAACAAGACAAAAAUCAGAAAGGUAUUUCAUAUGAAUAGAACUACACUGCAAAAACUACCCAUCUGAACAAGUCUUUAUGGUCUUAUAUCAAUCUCAGAAUAAAAAAAAAUAAAUAAAUAAUACUUUUUGCAGUAUAUAAGAUAAUAAGACUUGGUUAGAUUGAUGCAUUUUGCACUGCACCACUAGAAAUAAACCAAAUUAGAUCUUAUUUUAGGGAUGUUGAAAGGUGGGAUCAGCUUGAAAAAUGCUGAGUGAGACAUAAGAUGCAGUUUAAUGCAAGAACGGAUAUAAAGUUAAGAAAAAAAUUCUGAACAUUAGUCUAAUAACCUUCAGUUUGAGCAGGUAAGAUGAUUUGCCAUUGGAACGAGUAAUUGUUACCCCUUUAAAAUGAGAUAAUUGGAUAUUAUGCUUUUUUUUUUUAAAUGGUGGAGGUACUUUUUCCUAUUUCAAACGUAAAUCAUCUUAUUGCUUGGUUAAUUGUCUUAUUUAGACAAAUCUAAGGAAAAUCAGCUUAGUUCAAGAAAAAAAGACUUAUAUUUCAUGUUUGAAGCAUCUAAUGUGCCUGUGGAAACAAUCAUUAUUAAACCUUAAGUUUUUUUUUGUUUUUUGCUUUUUAGUUUGCUUAAUUUACAAUGUCAUCUUAAGCUAGAUCCAAACUACAGAUUUAGGUCUGCACGGGACAUGUCAUCUACCCCAUCUAUCCUUAUGUUCAACCAGACGUGGACGGAUGCUAUCAGUUUAACAUGUUGGAAAAUAAAUUAUAAAUUCCUUUUUUUCCUGCAUAGAUAAUAAAGGUUUUAUGUUUAAAGGAACCCAAAGCAGAAACAGUGAUGCUGUCUAGUGAGGUAUUUCUUCACCUUUUACAUGUUUCAUUAGGACAGCAUUCACCAACAUUAUGUAACAUCGCAUGUUGUAGUAAUAGCAUGCAGCCCUGAAGUGUUUGACUUAAUUACUGUCAUCUGCUGUAGGGAUGAGGAGUGGAAGAGCUGUCAAAAUUAACACCGCUGCAUUUGUGGUAUCUCAAUUAUGCUCAAUAGACAAGGAUGCUUUUCCCCGCGCCACAUAAUUGUAAGCUUAGUUUACAUUUUACCAAAUCGUCUUAAAAAAAGAAUAAAGAUGUAAUAAAAAAAGACUGGCACAUAAAAAACACUUUACAUCACCAGAUGAAUGCCAUCCCUAUCAGCAGUGGCAGUAUAAUGCUGUGGGUUUAUUUUAACUCCUGAAGGUUCUACGUAGUUUAACCUAAAGUCUUCAGAUUUAGCAGCAAAAGUUAAACUCUGGGGGAAAAAAACGUAUCCGAAAAAUACGACCAUUUAUUUUUCAAAUAUUUUCCUUUAUUACAGCUAUUUUUAAUAGUCUUAUUCCAAUGGCAAACUGUCGGCUCGAAUCAAGGAAAAAUGCACCUAUCUUAGGAAAAAGGGACUUACUGAGAUUUAAAUGUUUACACUGAGGAUAAAGUUUUGAAGUUUCCACAUUAAAAUGAGUCAAAAUCAGCAAGAAAAAUCUAAUGGAAUUAGAAUAGAAUA